AUGAAGAACCAACUAAACAUGUCCUCUUCACCCUUAUUACCAGCCAUUUUGACACUGACCCUUCUCUCCUUUACCCUCAGUGCCAAUGCUCAAGUCUGCAGUGAAGGAUUCUCUAAACUAGCUCAGCAAAAGAACAUCUCAGACUGCAAGAGAUUGCGCACUCUGGGAGCUGAAUUUGCAUGGAACCUCCACAGCAAUGGCUCUAACAGCAACUACACCGUGGUUGACAUCUUGUUCGGUGUCAUACUCAAUGCCCCACAAGGGUGGAUAGCGUGGGGGGUGAACCCUGGAAAAAGGCCCGAGAUGAUUGGAACCAAAGCCAUCAUAGCCGUUAAAAACUCGGAUGGAAGGUGGGUUGUGGACACAUACAACAUCACCAAAGAGACCAGAAACGGGUGCAUUCUUCUGCGAUCGGAACUUAAAAUUGUGUUGUGUAAGUCGAUUGAGCAAGAGGUGGAAGGCAUGUCCACCAUGUCUGUUAGAUUGAGCCUUCCCACUGAAGAGUAUAACGUUACAAAGCUGAACCAUGUGUGGCAAGUUGGGUAUGAUAUUGAAGAUGGGCAUCCCCUUAGACAUCCAAGAACUCUCCGGAACGUGGAUAGCACAGAGGUCAUAAACUUGACCGAUAGAAAGGGUCCUAGCACUGGACAGUACCGGAGUUAUCUUAGAUCGAUACAUGGAGUCCUAAACAUUAUCGGGUGGGGAACACUGUUGCCGUUUGGAAUUAUAAUUGCAAGGUACUUUCGGGUGUUUCCUUUCCAAUGCGACCCAUCGUGGUUUUACCUGCACAUUGGUUGCCAAUUAACUGGUUUUCUAGUUGGCACCGCUGGAUGGGCUAUUGGACUAAGUCUCGGACAUUCUUCUAGAUACUACACCUUCCACCAUCAUCGAACCUUUGCCAUUCUCAUAUUCAUCUUUAGCACAGUCCAGAUGUUGGCUUUCCGAUUAAAGCCAAAGGUGACGGAUGAUUACAGGAAAUAUUGGAACAUGUACCAUCAUUUUCUUGGUUAUGGCCUGUUGGCUAUCAUAGUCAUAAACAUAUUCAAAGGAAUCCACAUUUUGGAAGGAGGUGAUGCAUGGAAGUGGGGGUACAUUGGAGUUCUUGCAUUUUUGGGUGCCAUCGCUUUUGGUUUGGAGGUUUUCACGUGGAUUCGCUUCUUUAGGUUGAAACAGCGGAAGAAAAACCAUGGGGCAAAAAAAGGUCCGAACCAAAAAGAAACAGUUGAACCACCAAAAGAUAAAGAUGUUUUCCUGAUUCAAGGUUGA